AUGACGAAUCCCGAGAAGGCGGUACGUGAUGGGAUAGCCAAGGCUGAGGCGGAUUUUCUCACAAGAUGUGCCAAUGGCAAAUGUGAGUCUGGCAGCACGUGUGCCGUCGCCAUGAUUGUGGACGACGCACUAGUGACGGGUAAUGUUGGCGAUACUGAGAUAGUAUUGUGUCGUGCGGGGUCUCCAUUGGUGCUGUCAAAGAAGCACAGCUUGCAUAGCAACGCGGCGGAGAGCGAGCGUGUCAAGGCCUGCGGCGGCAGGAUCAUCAGUAACCGCGUGGGGCAUCCAAAGUUUAACCCUCAAGUGCUGAGCCUGGGAAUUACCCGUGCCAUAGGCGAUGCCGGAUUCAAGUUGGAUGAAUACACCGACGGAAAGCCGUCGGGCAUCAUUGCCGAUGCGGAAACUCAAACCACGAAGCUGACCGACCGUGAUGAGUUCCUCGUCAUUGGCUGCGAUGGCCUGUGGGAUGUGAUGUCGUAUGAUAGAGUCGUGCGAUUUUGCUCCCAGCUUGCAGCGGAGGGCGUGCCACCACAGGAUAUCACCGAUAGAUUGUGUCAGGAGGCUUUGCAGCAAGGCAGCACUGACAAUGUGACAUGUGUGUACAUCAAUAUAAAGACCAAGCAACCAAACUCUGGUGACUGGCGUCCUCUGAGUGCGGCUUCUACCUCUCAGAAAACUGCGUAG